AGGCAGUACCAGCUUAAGCUAGCCACUAUGAUAAGAUUAAUUUCAUUUCUCCUCUUGGUCGCUGUAUGUCUUGUCCUUUUCGACGAGUCAUUGGCUUGGGGCCGUCGACGCCGUCCUAACGGCAACAGUGACGGUGAAAAAUGCGAAAGGGCGUUUCCUUCACAUAGUCUAGGGCGUUGCAGAUACCUCUGCAGAGGCUGGCCUCUCCGCAAGCAAAACGAAGACGACGGCACUCCGUGCUGCCGGGGAUGGUGGUGUGAAGAAGGCCAUUGUGUAAACGGGAGGUGCGUCAGAGGCAAGGCGACCACGACAACUGCUCAGCCGGGACCUGGCCCAUCUACGGAAACGCCAGGGCCAGAAUCGACCUCUUCUCAACCGACGCCAACGACAACCUCGGUUGAGCCACCGUCGGUGUCAACGUCGACUGAGCCACAGCCAACGUCAGCUGAGCCGCAACCAACGUCAGCUGAGCCACAGCCAACGUCAGCUGAGCCUCAGCCCACGUCAGCUGAGCCACAGCCAACAGAAGCCGAACCGGGUCCGACUACUGAGUCCUAAUCUCAGGGCUCAGUUGCAACCCUUUGAUUCAUCACCGUAACAGAGUGGAAAAGAGUAUGAUUGAUAUGAGCUGAUUAAUUAUACUGGAGCUGAGGCUUUAUGAUCUGUAAGCGCUUUGAGAAAAUAAAUUAUAACAUGGAAUAU